AUGACUGAAUUUACGGCCAAAACUAUUCUCUCAGAUAUUGAGGGGACAACGACGUCAAUUAGUUUCGUUAAGGAUAAAUUAUUUCCAUAUGCCAAAGAAUAUACGAAAGAUUACUUGGAACAGACAUGGAUUAACAAAGAAACCAGUGAAAUAGUUCGAGAACUAUUCGAAUUGCCGGAAUUUGAAGUGUAUAAAAAAGAAGCCACCAAUUUGGGUGAUGAGUCCUAUGACGUCUACACGGUUAAUGGAUUUGUUAAAUAUUUGAUUGACAAAGAUUUGAAGUUGGGACCGCUAAAAAAACUUCAGGGAUUGGUGUGGGAAAAGGGCUAUGAAAAAGGUGACCUUAAAGGCCAUGUUUACCCUGAUGUACCAGAAGCAUUCAAACGCUGGAAAGAGGCUGGUCUUCGUUUAGCCAUUUACUCGAGUGGCAGUAUAAAAGCUCAGCAGCUGCUAUUUGGUCAAACUGAAUUGGGAAAUUUGUUGCCAUACAUUUCGGGACACUUUGAUACCACAAGUGGCCACAAACAAGAACAGCAAUCGUAUGUUAAUAUUGCCAAGGCUUUAGGAGAAGAGCCAUGUGAUAUUUUGUUUUUAACUGAUGUUGUUAAAGAGGCGGAAGCAGCUCGUAAGGCUGGAUUACAAACUGUUAUACUGGCCAGACCCGGUAAUGCUCCACUGACGGAUGAUGACAAAACUCAAUAUACAGUUGUUAAUGAUUUUGAAUCUCUUAAAAUAAAAUUGAAAGAAUCAUCAUGA